AUGCCCCGCGCCGCCCCCCGGUGGCCGCCGCUUCUGCUGCUGCUGCUGCUGCCGCCGCUCACCCGCGGCGCCCCGGCCCGGCCCGGAGGCAGGGGGCCGGCCUCCGCUCUCGUGGUGCCCAAGCGGUUGCAGAGCAUCGCCGGGGAGGUCGCGCUCCACCUGUCCGCCUUCGGCCGCGACUUGGAGCUGCGCCUCGAGCCCGAUGACAGCUUCCUGGCGCCGGAGUUCAAGAUCGCGCGCCUCGGGGGCUCCGGCGGGGCGGCCGGGCGCGAGAGGGAGCUGCGCGGCUGCAUCUUCUCGGGCACGGUGAACCGGGACCCCGAGUCGCUGGCUGCCGUCAGCCUCUGCCGCGGGCUGAGCGGCACCUUCCUGCUGGAAGGCCAGGAGUUCACCAUCAAGCCCCAAGGCGCUGGGCGCUCCCUGCAUCAGCCACACCUCCUGCAGCGCUGGGGGCACGCGCCCCCAGCCACGGCAGCCCAGCCCCUGUCCAGAGCGUCUGAGAGGGAGGCGCAGACGGGAGAGGGUGAGAGGCAAGAGAGGAGAGCCGGCACAGCGGAGGAGGAGGAAACGGAGAAACAGGAGGAAGACGAAGAGGGCCAAGAAGAGGAGGCAGAAAGUUCCAGCGAGCCACCACCAACCCUGGGGGCCAAGAGCAGGACCAAACGGUUUGUGUCGGAGGACCGCUUUGUGGAAAUGCUGCUGGUGGCCGAUGCAUCCAUGGCUGCUUUCUACGGAGAGGAUCUAGAGAACCACAUCCUGAUGCUGAUGUCCAUGGCCGCCCGCAUCUACAAGCACCCCAGCAUUGGUAACUCCAUCAACCUGGUGAUGAUAAAGUUGGUGAUCAUGGGGGAUGAGAAGCUGGGCCCCGAGGUGUCAGACAACAGCGGGCUGAUACUGCGCGACUUCUGCACCUGGCAGCGGGACGCCAACCAGCCCAGAGACCGGCACCCCGAGCACUUCGACACGGCCGUCCUGCUCACCAGAGAGAACCUUUGCGGGCAGGAGGGCAGGUGCGACACCCUGGGAGUGGCCAACGUUGGCACCAUCUGUGAACCCAGCAAGAGCUGCUCCGUGAUCCAGGACCAAGGCCUGCAGGCGGCCUACACUCUAGCCCACGAGCUCGGGCACGUCCUCGGCAUGCCCCACGACGACUCCAAGCUUUGUACUCGGCUGUUCGGGCCCCUGGACAAGCACCACAUGAUGGCGCCGCUAUACGUCCAGCUGAACAAAACACGGCCCUGGUCCCCCUGCAGUGCCUCGUUCCUCAGAGAGUUCCUGGACCGUGGGUACGGGGACUGCCUUCUGGAUGCCCCUUCCUGGGCCAUGGCCCUGCCCACAGACCUCCCUGGCCGCAGGGCCCUCUAUGACCUGGACCAACAGUGCAAGCAGAUCUUUGGGCUGGGCUUCCGCCACUGCCCCAACUCCUCUGAGCAGGACACCUGCGCGCAGCUCUGGUGCCGCAUUGAUGGCCCCGACCCCCUUUGCCACACGAGGAAUGCCAGCCUGCCUUGGGCCAACGGGACACCCUGCGGGCCCGGGCACCUCUGCUGGGAGGGCAGCUGCCUGCCUGAGGAGGAAGUGGAAAAGCCCGAGGCUGUGGUGGAUGGAGGCUGGGCCCCGUGGGGACCCUGGGGUGCAUGUUCACGGACCUGCGGAGGAGGAGUACAGUUUUCAUACCGCGAGUGCACCAACCCCGAGCCUCAGAACGGAGGGAAGUACUGCCUGGGUCAGAGAGCCAAGUACCAGUCAUGCCACACCGAGGAGUGCCCCCCGGACGGGAAAAGCUUCAGGGAGCAGCAGUGUGAGAAGUUCAAUGCCUACAAUUACACAGACGUGGAGGGAAACCUACUGCAGUGGGUCCCCAAGUAUGCGGGGGUGUCCCCCCGGGACCGCUGCAAACUGUUCUGCCUAGCCAGGGGGCGGAGCGAGUUCAGAAUAUUUGAGGACAAGGUGAUCGACGGCACCCUGUGCGGACCCGAUACUCUGGCCAUCUGUGUCCGUGGCCAGUGUGUCAAGGCUGGCUGUGAUCACGUGCUGGACUCACCUAAGAAGCUGGACAAGUGUGGGGUGUGUGGGGGCAAAGGCGACUCAUGCAGGAAGGUGUCUGGCUCCUUCAGUCCCUCCAGUUAUGGCUACAAUGACAUCGUCACCUUCCCGGCUGGCUCCACAAACAUCGAUGUGAAGCAGCGGAGUCCGCCGGGAGUUCAGAACGACGGCAACUACCUGGCCUUGAAGACCACAGAUGGGGAGUACCUGCUCAAUGGAAACAACGCCAUCUUUCCCACAGAACAGUACAUCCUGCUGAACGGGACUGUCCUCAGGUACAGCGGUGCCUUCACCUCCCUGGAGCGGCUGCAGAGCUUCCAGUCCCUGCCCGAGCCACUGACCUUACAGCUCCUGAAGGUCCAUGGGGAUCCCCUCAAGGUCAAAUAUACCUUCUUUGUCCCUGACGAUGUGAACUCCAGCAAGCAGAGCAGCAGAGAGAGGACAACCACCAAUGUCAUUCAGGCCCUGCUCAACACGCGGUGGGUGCUGGGGGACUGGUCUGAAUGCUCUCACAGCUGUGGGGCCGGCUGGCAGCGGCGGACAGUGCAGUGCCGUGACCCCAGCGGCCAGACCUCGGCCGCCUGUGACGAGGCUCUGAAGCCUGAGGAUACCAAGCUCUGCAGAAGACUGCCUUGCUUCUCCUGGCAGAAGAGCUGCUGGUGCGCAGAGCAGAAUAAUAUCCCGCUUGGCUCCUCCCUGCUGUGUGGGCUCAGCAAGGCUCACAGAAGACAGGCUUGUUUGUGUCUGGAAACUCAGCAGCUGCAGCUCAGGGACUCUGAAAACAAAUCUGCAGGGAGAGAUAGGCUGUUGCUCCCCCAGCCCACCACGACCACCCUUCUUGCCCAUAGGAGGGAAGACUGA